AUGGGCCUUCCACCACCAACCGAACCAACUCCUCCAUAUGAAGAAACGGAAUCGACUAGCCGCCAUAAUCACACAUAUACCACUCUCACUCAAGCCAUCGAUGACCCCGAAAUCCAACUCCCACCGUUCCAUGAGCAUGAUCAUGGCGACGGGCCUACCACGUCCUUGAUUCCGGGCGCUACCCCUCAAGAGCACUCACAUUGCGAAGUGUGCGAGCGGAUUAUCAAUCGGCGAGAAAGACGACAAGCUCAUGCAGACUGCUGUCGGAUAGUAGCCAUGGUAUUUGUGGUCAUGUUUGUGUGUAUGAUGAUACUGGGAAUAGUCAUAGCCAAGGCGGCAUCGAGACGGAAAUGA